UGCGCUUGGAGAUGAAUCUUCGGGCAUCGGGAAGACGAUCAAGUUGAAUGUAUCGUGGCUACCGCCGGAGAAUGAGGACAGACUUUUAUCAUACAGUGUUGCAGUAACGAGGGUUCGAGUGAACUUGACCAACUCGACGGGCAACGUCUUCUAUGGGAAUGGCGACGACCUUAAGGAUCUUUCAAGUUUCUAUCCCGAGGGAUCAGUCUAUUAUGCCGACCAGGACGCUAACCAUACCAAUAUUCUUUUGCCGGUGGAGAGGUUCGAAUCCGCCGAGAGGCUCGACAUACAACUCGGCUGCACUUAUGCAAUUCAGGUUAUCGCCAAUCCUUGGAUCGACGAUGCCGGUGUUACUACGCCCUCAACAUCGAUUCGGAGCGAGAGAAUUUCUCUCUCGAAAACAGCUGACUCAACAGCACGAUUGCAGACGAUGUUCACGGUACCGGAAUGCGUGGGUGGACGCUGCAGCUGUGAUGCGAUGCUGGAUGCACUUCCGAUUCCAGUUGUCACUGUCAUAAAUCCCUAUAACGGCGGCACCCUGAUUAACUGGAAAAUCAAGUCGACGAAAUUGACGACUGAUCAUAAGCAAUUUAACAUCAAAUCCUUCGCAAUCAGUGCUGGUAUACCGUACAUAACAUCCUCGAGUGAUGAGGUUCUUUAUAACAAGACCUUAAUAUUCUCUGGUAAAGCGGACAACAACUCAUUUUACUGGAAGCAAGAAAAAUUAAAGAAAGGAACAAAAAUCUUCGUGACCGCGCAAGAUUCAUAUGGCUGUUCCGGGAGGGAAGGCACUUAUACGAUUAAAAGACUGCGACAUCAUUCAUUUUAUCGCAAGAACAUUGCCACAGUCAUUUUUGCAGGAUUAGUGGUGCUAUGUUUAAUGCUGAGUGGAUUAUUUAAUUUCAUUCAAUAUUGCUUAGAAAAUCACAAAUACAAAUUAUGUUCGUGGAGAAAGAAAUCUACAAGGAAACUUAGUUCGAUAUUUCAUAAGCCGAAAAUUGAAAUACUUUUAAGAAAUGAAAAUACUUUGUAUAUUGAUAAAAAAAUUGAAGUUUUAUCAUAAGAUAAGAUGUAAAUGUAAAGAGACAGCAGGAAAGCAAUAAAAUCUAUAUAAUUUCACAUAUAACACUAUGGAGCAUAUUCGCAAUUAUUUCUUAAAAUAAGAAUUAUUUUAUUCGGCCCAAGAACGUACCCAUCUUUCCAACAAAAGAUAAUUAUUCAUUAAUACGCCCAAAAGGACAGGUAUUGUUUGUUGUUAGUCGUCAAGUCAUCACUAUUAUAAAUUUGAAAAGUACAUCCUCUAUAUUCAUCGAAAAAUAUAUUUGCUA